GCUUCCCAUUGGAAAACACAACGGCAUAUAGUACAGGCGAGAGAGGUCUGGCCCAAGUUCCCGCGGUUUUACAACAGAAGGACAAUGUCAGAGAGCAACCACAAGGAAAUCCAAAUCCGUGCCCUAACCGGCGAAUCAAUCACUCUUCCCGUCACUCCCACCACAACCCUCCACCACCUCAAGCUUCUCCUCCGCCGUUCAUUCUCCCCCGCCACCACCUCCCCCAACUUCCACCUCUUCUUCAAGGGUGAGAAAUUGCGAUUGCAGACUCAUAUUGCCUCUUACCCCAUCCAACGCCACGAAUUUCUCGUCCUCAUUCCCUUCACCAAAAAGGAAAAGGAACCUUCUACAACAUCCCACUCUCUUCAGCCUGAUGUUCCUCACACUACCAAUGCUUCAACUUCGACUUCUGUUCUCGCGGAUUCUACGUGGUCCUCCAUAAAGGAGGAUUUAUCACUUUUACGUGAUGCUACUGAGAGUGAUGCGUGUAAUUCCGAGUCGGGAAAAGAAAAACCGUUGGAGACAUCAACCGAAGGGGGUUUAGGUCGUGAGAAGCAGAUGGAGCUUCCCUAUCAUCUCAUACUGAACACAUUGCGAGAUGGUUGCGAGGGUGGUCCUUUUGGCGAGCACAAUUGCGAGGUUUUCGCGAAGGUUUUGGAGUCAGUGAAUUGUUUAUCGGAACUGCCACUCGGACACUGCAAGUUGCUGAAACGAGCUCGUUCGAAAGGAGGUGGCGGCGGCGGCCUGAGAAACCGUGUCAGUGACGGUGUUAUAUGUUUGUGUCCACCGUGGUUGAAGAUAGUGGUGAAGGCGUUUGCAUUUGUGAACAUUUUUUCCGCGUUUAUUUAUUUGCAGCUUAGAGAUUUGACCUUGAGUCUGCUGGAGGAGGCGCUUAGUGAGCUUGCUAAGUUUGGGGUUAAACUUGGCAUCGGCGACAUCAAGAAUCUUUCGCUUCUUUGUCCUCAUCUGGUAUGUUUCAGGGAUGAUGUAGAUAAGACAAGUUUUGGUGAUACCAUUGUUGUCCUCAAUCAUUCAACAGGCAAUAAAGAUCUAGUUGAAGAAAAUCCUAAAAGAGUGCGCAAGUGGUUGUAUAUUUCAAAGACUGUCAGUACAUUGAAGAGAAGGGACAGUUCUUUCCGUAAAAUUUUAGGAUGGGCUUUUGAACAGCUGCGGUAUGAAUUUGGGGAUGAGAUGACUAUGGGGAUUUCCUUGGAAGAGUUGCUUGCAGCAGUCAAGGACAAUGAUUUUGUCAAAAAAGAAGACGAAUCCAAACGUGUAAAGAGAAGCAAAACUACCUCAAAAUCUAACUCAAACCAUAUUGGGUGUCAUGACACAAAGUCAUUACUGGCUGUGGAGAUGAUUGAUCAUCUUAAGAAAGGAAUUGGAUCAGAAGGGCAGAUUGUGCAUAUUGAAGACAUAUGUGCCAGGAAAGCAAUUUACAGUGGGAUCCCUAUUGAUCUAUCAGAGAAAAUGAGAUCUGCACUGAAGUGUAUUGGAGUUUCCAAAUUUUACAGUCACCAGGCAGAGUCUAUACAAGCUUCCCUUCAUGGUGAAAAUGUUGUUGUGGCUACAAUGACAUCUAGUGGCAAAUCCCUUUGCUAUAAUCUACCAGUUCUAGAAGUUUUGUCUACGAAUUCAUCUUCAUGUGCUUUGUACAUAUUUCCCACGAAGGCAUUAGCUCAAGAUCAACUAAGAGCUUUGUUACACAUGACAAAAGGAUUUGAUAAUGACUUUAAUAUCGGUAUAUACGAUGGUGAUACCUCUAUGAGUGAGAGGAUGCUGCUCCGUGAUAAUUCUAGAUUGUUGAUCACAAAUCCAGAUAUGUUACACAUAUCAAUCUUGCCCCAUCAUCAACAGUUUAGUCGGAUUUUAUCAAACCUAAGGUUUGUGGUAAUUGAUGAGACUCAUACUUACAAGGGAACGUUUGGAAGUCACACUGCCCUUAUUUUGAGGAGGCUAAAACGACUCUGUUCACAUGUAUAUGGAUCUGUUCCUUCUUUCGUAUUUUCUACUGCAACUUCUGCAAAUCCUCGGGAGCAUUCUAUGGAACUUGCAAAUUUAUCUACACUGGAGCUAUUUCAGAAUGAUGGAAGUCCAUCUACAAGGAAACUUUUUGUCCUUUGGAAUCCUGCUCUGCGUCCAAAACCUUUCAUUAAAAAAGCUCAGUUUGCCAUGGGAACUGAUGAGUUGGAUGAUGAAAGUGCUAAUUUUGUUCGUUCAAGUCCAAUUGUGGAUGCUUCACGACUUUUUGCAGAAAUGGUUCAGCAUGGUCUUCGCUGUAUUGCAUUUUGUAAAUCACGGAAACUUUGUGAGCUUGUUUUAUCCUACACCCGUGAGAUUCUUCAUGAGACGGCCCCGCAUCUGGUUGAUUCCAUAUGUGCAUAUCGUGGCGGCUACAUUGCAGAGCAAAGAAGAAAAAUAGAGAGUUCAUUUUUUGGUGGUACAAUAUGUGGUGUUGCUGCAACUAAUGCUCUUGAGUUGGGCAUUGAUGUUGGAGAAAUUGAUGCCACUCUGCAUCUAGGAUUUCCUGGUAGUAUUGCAAGCUUAUGGCAACAAGCUGGUAGAGGUGGGAGGAGAGAUAAACCAUCCCUUGCUGUCUAUAUUGCAUUUGGGGGGCCUCUUGAUCAAUACUUCAUGAGACAUCCCAAUAAACUUUUUGAAAGACCAAUUGAAUGCUGUCAUGUUGAUUCUCAAAACAAAAAGAUUCUUGAGCAACAUUUGGUCUGUGCUGCUCAUGAACACCCUCUAAGUGUGAACUACGAUGAACAAUAUUUUGGUCCUUUCUUGGAAAGUGUUAUAAUUUCUCUAAAAGCUAGAGGAUACAUGAGUUCUAUUCUAUCAUCGGAUUCUUCUAGAAUAUGGAACUACAUUGGUCCUGAGAAAUUACCCUCACAUGCAGUCAAUAUCCGAGCAAUAGAAACUGUAAGGUACAGUGUCAUAGAUCAGAAAAAAAAUGAAGUCCUUGAAGAGAUAGAGGAAAGCAAGGCAUUCUUUCAGGUAUAUGAAGGUGCUGUGUAUAUGUGCCAGGGGAAAACCUAUUUGGUUGAAAAAUUAGAUCUGUCUAAUAAAACUGCUUUCUGCAAAGAGGCUGAUCUAAAGUAUUAUACAAAGACUCGUGAUUACACUGAUAUUCAUGUCAUUGGGGGUAAUGUUGCUUAUCCGCUCAAAGUAGAAACUAACAAGUUUCCAAAAUCAAAUGCUCGGGCUGAUAUAUGCAAAGUAACAACUACUUGGUUUGGAUUUUAUCGUAUUUGGAGAGGAAGCAAUCAAAUCUUUGAUGCUGUUGACCUCGCACUUCCUCAUUACUCAUACGAGUCACAGGCAGUUUGGGUUCCUGUGCCUCCGUCUAUAAAAGAAGCAGUAGUCAAGCAAAAUUAUGAUUUCCGUGGAGGUCUGCAUGCUGCUUCACAUGCAAUUUUACACGUAGUGCCUUUACACAUCACUUGCAACUUGUCUGACUUGGCUCCUGAGUGUCCAAACCCUCAUGAUGCCCGAUUUUACCCCGAAAGAAUUCUAAUAUAUGAUCAACAUCCCGGAGGAUGUGGAAUUUCAGUGCGGGUCCAACCCUAUUUUUCAAAGUUCCUGGAAGCCGCACUAGAGCUUCUCACAUGUUGCUGCUGCUCAGCGGAAGUGGGUUGCCCUAAUUGUGUUCAGAGCUUUGUUUGCCAUGAAUAUAACGAGGUUUUGCACAAGGAUGCAGCCAUCAUGAUCAUAAAGGGUAUUCUGGAUGCGGGAAACUAGUAAUUCAAAACACGUGCUUGGCUAAUUUGAAGGUAUGUUAGGGAAAAACCACCAAUGAAGUUUUACUCUUCAAUUUUAGUAAAUUAAUAUUACAAAGCACUAUAAAUUAAAGGCGACACAUGCCUUUAUUUGCUUUAAGCUAGUUUUACUUUAGAACUUGUUCUUAUUGUCUGGUUGGUUAGGAAAGUUGAAUGUACCUAUGCUAAAAUAAAUUGCAUUGAAUGUGAAAUGUUAAGAAAUAAAUAAAUUGCCUAUUCCAAAUGUGGUGUUAA